CUCGGCGCUUUCAACUACGUCAGGACAAUCGUGAGAGGGGGGAGCGAGUCGAAGUCAUACAAAAGAGUGAAAAGUAACGGAAUAUCCGAGGAAAUAGUCCAGCAAACUUUUCGAGAUUAACCAGGCACUGACUCCUGUCAUUGGACCAGUUGGCAUUGGACGGGGUGUUGGACCCUCCCCCUGCACGGCGACAUAAUGAGACCAUAGCUGUGGGUGUUGGAUGUCGUGCCUCCCCCCUCCUCUUUGUUUGCCCCUUCUACAUAUCCAGGACAAAUACACAUAAACGCGUUCUCUCACAACACACCCCUUGACCACUCUGGCCCCCACAUGCUAUGUUAUGCUUUGUUGUGAAGGGGCCAUGAGGCUUGUACCGGACUUUUCAUGAGUGCUGCUGUUGAGGACCCUUGGGGAACAAAACAAUCAGUUUCCUUCCAGCAAGCGGACACUUCCUCCUGGGGUCUAUAGCUUUGGUGGGGCCUGACGGAAGCUUGUUAGAUCAUUGAAUCAUGAAGACACCGGAGGACCACUAGUAGUUUCUGUUUGAAGUCGUAUAUUAAUGAAAGCCUGAAAGACUGCCAGUGAGCAAAGUGAAUCGAAUUCAACUUGCAAUAGGUCUUGAAGUACAUGAAAUCUCUCCUUAGCCAUUUCAUCGAACACAUCUGAAGUGCCUUGUGCUUCAUUGAAACGACAAAAAUAUCUUCUUAACAUAUCUUAUCCAUAUCUGCCAAUCCCUGAAAAGAAUAAUUUGUUUACAUCUCCAGGCUUCAUAGCUUCCUGAGACAUUUCAGUUUAUUUUACUUAACUCUUACACAGUUUAGACCUUUUCUAUUAGCUUCUUCUGUUUGCAUGGUUCCACAAAGUGUAUCAGUCUGAAGUAUAUGUGAUACAAGGAAUGAGACCACCGUAGAGUCCAGUUCCUCAUACUUAUCAAACUUAAAUUCUCUCAUCUCAUUCAUCUGACUCAAACUUGUUGUACUGUUUUCGUGGCUCGGUUCCAUCACCAUGUUCACACUGCAAUCCAAAUGGCGCUACCUGAUUAUGCUCUUGGGCGUACAGUUAGUAGUCAUGGCUAUUCUUUCCAGAGAGGGCUGCCAGAAAAGGGUGUCAUAUUUUUUCCGGAUUUUCCGUAAAUCGGAUUCUGCGAUGGGACAUGUAGUUGGUGGGCGGAACCACACAGAUGUCUAUGCCAACCUUUCCCUACUGGGCCCAGCUCUGAAUAAAGAGGACAUGCCCUACUGCCCCAAGCAGUCUCCUCUGAUUGGUGGACCAAUCCAUGUCACCUUUCCUUCUGGGCUUACGCUCGCUGAAGUGGAGAGAAAAAAUCCUCUUGUUGUCCGUGGUGGACGCUAUAGGCCACCAAACUGUGAUGCACGCCACCGAACUGCCAUAAUCAUUCCUCACAGAAGCAGAGAGCACCACCUCAAGUUCCUCCUUUACUAUCUGCAUCCCUUCCUUCAGCGUCAGCAGCUCAACUAUGGCAUCUAUGUCAUUCAACAGGCUGGUAAUUAUACCUUUAACCGAGCGAAACUCAUGAACGUGGGAUUUCGUGAGGCCAUGAGGGAUGAGGAUUGGGACUGUCUCUUCUUCCAUGACGUAGACCUCAUUCCCGAAGACGACCGCAACACCUACGUCUGCGACACUCACCCCAAACAUGCUGCCAUUGCCAUGGACAAAUUUGGUUACAAGUUGCCUUACAAGAUGUAUUUUGGAGGAGUGUCUGCUCUGACCCCUAAUCAGUACCUCAAGAUGAACGGAUUCCCCAACAAUUACUGGGGCUGGGGAGGCGAGGACGACGACAUCGGAAUCCGGGUUUCACUCGGAGGAAUGCUGAUCAGUCGACCAUCUCUAAAUGUGGGCAGAUAUAAGAUGAUCAAACACAAGCACGACAAGGGCAAUGAAGUGAAUCCCAGAAGGUUUAACAUGUUGGCAAAGACCCGGCACACGUGGAAACAGGACGGUAUGAAUACGGUGGAUUACGAGAUCGUGUCUCGGGAUUAUCUACCGCUUUACACCAACAUCACCGUUAACAUUGGCACCGAGAAAGGCCUGCAUCCGGCAAAAGAAGCUGCUUCCUAGUCGGAUUGACCCAGUACUCUUUCCUUGCACCAAUGCAGCACAGCCUGCAGAACACUUUCUCCAUAUCCACAGGCCAGUGAAUCAAAAGGAACAUCAUGCCUUUAUUGCAGCACAGACCUUUCUUCCUCUGUGACGGUGGUGCCACAUAGUGGAACCAAGAUUCUCUGUCCUACUUGUUCUCUUCUUCCCCAAAGUUUGACAUUUGUAUGUUAUGCUGGUUCACUUUAUCAGUCAGGAUGCUGCAGAUAACUGGUCCAAAAACUGACCACGCCAGAGACUCGCGGCCCCACCAGUGAAGGACCACUCUGCAGGAAGGACGUGUUUCCUAAUGGACAAACACUUCUUACAUCCUCUGUGCCCGAGGGCACUGGUAAAAACCUCUGUUGCCUUAGAAUCAAGCUGCACUCUCUCCUUACAUUUCUUAUAUGAUGACUUAAGCCUAGGUUUGGCCGCCCACGGUUGACAUAGAGAUGGGUAAAUUCGUUUUCCGUCACCAUGCGAUGGAAAUUAUGAAGCAGGCCAUGGACUGCAUGAGCAACGUUGUUUGCUGCACUACUCUGGGACCGGUGCAUUUCUGGUUCAGUAAAUUAGAACUGUAAUGUUAUGCAGGUGGGUGGAGUGAUUUUUAAAAAAAAAAAAGUUUUUUUAAGGGAUAGUUUAUCCAAAAAUACAAAUUCUGCCAUUUAGUCUCCCUCAUGUUGUUCUAAACCCAUAUUACUUACUUUUUUCUGUGGAACACAAAAGGAGACAUAUAAUGAAAGCCACCAUUCACUUUCAUUUUAUGGUAAAAAAGAUGCAAUGAAAGUGAAUGGUGAUUGAAACUAACCUUCUGUCUAACAUCUCAUUUUGUGUUUCAUGGAGAGAGAAAAAUGUCAGUCAGGUUUAAACAACAUGUGGGUGAGUAAAUCAUGACAGAAUUGAAUUUUUGGGUGAACUAUCCCUUCAGAUAUCCAUUUUAAGUAACUCAAUCAGAACUGGCCUUUUUUUUCUUUCUUUUUUUUGUAGAAAUAACCACUCUGCAUGUACUGAUGUUUUUCCUUUUUAUUAUUAUUAUUCCUGAAAUGUCGCCAUUGCCUUUGGUUCUCUUAGUAAUAGAACUGGCUUUAUAAUCAACACGCUGCCUCUUACGUUCAUGAAAUAUUCAAGACAUUGCAAUUUACCUGCAUGGAUUUUUGUUAAAUUUCUGGAUUGUUUAAACUUUUGCAAUGUUAUUUGGCUCUGUUAGCAAUAGGCAUGUUGAAUGUAUCUCUAUCUCUCCGUUUGGUGAGAGAAUAUGUCACGUCAGUGCAGAACGCUUCAUGUUGUGUGUCAGUUCAGCUGGUUUCAUGAAGAUUGGAUGCUUCAGGAGUCCUUGAGGCUCGAGUCAAACUCAUAUGUUUGUUAACACGUCUAAUUAUACAAAAUUAAGCUUUGAAUCUGUUUCAGUUUCCUUUUGACCGCACAGUUUGAUUAUUCAGAGGAAAUUGACCAGAAAAGCUAUUACACUUCUAUCCGAAAGCCACCUCCAUCAAACACAGGCUGAAUUUGUGCAUAUCGUUCAUAAAACCAUUCUUACGUAAACGGUUGCACUGAAUUGAAUGUCCUAAAGUUUGUUAGAAUUAAUUCUGGUUGUGUUUCAUUAAGGAAGCCCGUUAUUAUCAUAAUUUGAAUAAAAAAAGAGAGUAAAUACUUGAAUAUAUAAAUGUUUGGUUUGAUCAAAAAACAUUAAAAUUUUCAUUUUUUGUAUGUGAUUCUUUGCAAGCAAGUGCAAUCCUCAAAGAAAUGCUGACUGAAAACAUAUCCAUUUCAUUUUACAUUUCAAAACGUUUCAUAACUGCAGCUGUUCUCAUAAGUUUUGGGGAAAUCUGCAUCCUGUUCAGUCCCUUCAAAUUGUGAAAGGGGCCCUUUGACUGUCAGGUGGCCAGAUACAUGGAUGUGGUAGACCAUAUGUGAUGGCAAAUGAGUGUUUUGAGUGUGUGUGUGUGUGUGUGAUGUUGGAGUUAGACUACAGAAGUCGAUUCAUCUGUUGGUUGUUUCAGACACUGCUCGUUCUGUGUGAAUGUGUAAGAUGAAAGGACCGCUCUGCUUUCUUCGAGUGAAUCUCAUGUCUGGGUUAUAUUUCACUCUAAAACAAAAGAAAAAAAAAGUAAUUGUAUUUUGCAUUAUCAAUUACAAUUUAGGAUCAUUGAGGUGUUUGCAUUGUGAGGUUUUUCAUGAUAAAUAAGCACAUUUUCUCCCAAAUUCUCAUUAGCGUAAUGCAUCUGUAAACGUUACUUUUGAGUUCUUUUGUAAUUUCUUUUAUCCACAGUGAUGAUUGUCAUAACAGUAAUAGUUGUUUUUGUAUGUAAUAAUAUUUUAAUUUAAAUCUGCAUUCAUUUCAAGGGAUAGUUCACCCAAAAAUGAAAAUUCUUGCAUCAUUACUCACCUUCAUGCCAUCCCAAAUGUGUAUAACUUUUUCUGCAGAACACAAAUAAAGAUUUUUUUGAAGAAUAUCUCAGCUCUAUAGGUCCAUAUAAUGCAAGUGAAUGGUGACCAAAACUUUUAUACUACAAAAAGCACAAAGGCAACAUAAAAGUAAUCCAUAUGACUCCUGUGGUUUUGUCUUCUGAUGUGAUCCAGCUGGUUUUGGGUGAACAGACUUUAACUCCUUUUUCACUGUACAUCUUGCCAUUACAGUCUCUAGGCUCAAACAUGAUUUAAAUCUCUUUCACUUCCUAUUGCUUGACGCAUGAGCACUAGAUAGCACUGUAGGAAGUGUAAUCAAGCUUGAAAUCACGAUUGCCAAGGAGACUGCUGAUGUCAAGGUUUAUAGUGGAAAAGGAGUUAUAUUUUGUUCUAUUUUCACCCAAAACUGAUUGGAUCACUUCAGAAGACAUUGAUUAAACCACUGGAGUCAUAUGGACAACUUGUAUGCUGCCUUUAUGUGCCUUUUGGGAGCUUCAAAGUUCUGGUCACCAUUUACUUGCAUUGUAUGGACCUACAGAGCAGGGAGAUUCUUAAAAAAACAAUACAACAAAUACACAUCUGGGAUGACAUGAGGGUGAGUAAAUGAUGAGAAAAUUUUCAUUUUUGGGUGAACUAUUCCUUUAAGGAAGUCUUAAAUUUCCUAUUUUGACCCAAAGUCAAAAGGAAGAAUAUGAUCUGGACAUGUUCAAUGCAGGCUUUGUGAGAUUCAUUGUUUGGUGUGGUUUUGGAAAAUUGUGGUUGGUUCAUUCAAAAUUUAUUUGAUGUCAUGAAUGCAAAGAUACCAAAAAUUCAUAUGUUAAGAUUUUGUUUUGUGGCAAGAGUAAUUUUUUUUUUUUUUUUUUUGCUUUUGGCUUAACAGUAAUGAUCUAAAUUCAUUUUUCUAAGAAAGGUGAAGGUGGCCAUUAAUGGUCAGGUUAAUGAAAUAUGACCUAUAUAUUAGUUUAUUGCUGUUGGUUGACUGUGUUGAAGAGUAACAGAUGUCAUGUGAUGGUCACCUGAUUGCAGAGACUGUAAACACUUUUAAUGUGAAUUAUUUGGGAUGUAAUGGGUGCUUUGCUCUUAAGCUCCUAAAAUGCAUUUUAUUUGGUAUCACAAAUGAAAGUUGAGAACUUAUGUUUGAUAAUUAUUCAGAUGACCCUCAUGAAUUCAUAGAAGGUACUAGGAAUAGGCUCUGUUGUUUUAGCAAUGAAAGAUAUAGUUCGAGUGAUUGUACACAUCACAGGCUGUACGGUACUCUGUUGGUUAUUAUGGAUAAGAUGUUUCUAAAUGUGCCUUAUUGGGCUUCAGUAAUCUAGGUUGUGUUCUUCAAUGAGCAGUGCUCUGAUGUGGGGCAUUUGAUCCUCUUUACAAAAUCUGCACACUACACAGUGGCCUUAUGAUGAUUUAAUAAAAAUGUUAAUGU